ACAAGCUCUGUGUUAUCACAUAUACGCUCUGAUACCAUAACAGAGUGUGAAUGUGAUAAUAUUCUCACUAACCCAUCAAAAGAAAAAUACAAAAAUCUCUAAAUAUACAUGACGAGAUAUAAAGCAAAUUAAAUAACUGACUGUACAUAAAGAUCUGGAAGUUAUAACCAAUCUGUACGUAAAUAUCCUAAAAAAAAGAAAAACAAAUCUGCCAGAUCUAGAAAACAUAUCCGUCAAACAAAUAUAUAACUAAAAAAACGUGAAAGAAAUUUCCAAAUCCAAUAAUGAUCUAGAGGCAAAUAAAAAGGAUAUUAGUUUGAAGGUGAAAGUGAAAAUAGAGUCCCACGUCUGGAUUGAUUGUAACCUAACCCAGCUAAGUAAAAGACACGACUAUCCCGUGUGGUGCGACUAACAUAAGACAACGCCAACACCAGAGGCAGAGGCCGAGGCCGACGAGGAAACUGGAAUUUGCUUACACCCUACGCAACUAUUUUCUUGGAGGCCAAGGCAGGACCACCUCUAUAAAAUCCCCCUUCUUCGUCUUCUUCUUCCCCAUUCCCGGCCAUUUCCCAUUCUCCGAGAUGUUGAAUUUCAAAGAGAUGCCGAUUCCCCAAUCGGCGUCCGCCGCGUUCUCCGCCUACGCCUCCUUCGCCACUACCAUGAUGCUCGUCCGCUCGGUAACCAACGAGCUCCUCCCUCCAAAGUUCAUCUCCUUCCUCUCUUCAAUUUUCUUCUACUUCUUCGGAUCCGUUUCUUCCCAGACCAAGUUUGUGAUCGAGGAGAGCUCCGGGUUCACCUUCAAUCAGGUGUUUCAGGCCGCCGAGGUCUAUCUCCGCACCAAAAUCAGCCCUUCCACCGACACCCUCAAAGUCAGCAAGACUCCAAGGCAGAAGAAAGUCACGCUCUCCAUCGACAAGGACCAAGAAAUCACCGAUUACUUUGAGAAUUUUCGCCUCCAGUGGCGGUUCGUCUGCUCCCAAGACGAGCGCAACGGAAAUUCCAGAGAGAAGCGCCAUUUCGAGCUUAUAUUCCCCAAGAAGUUCAGGGACAGAGUUGUUGACUUCUACUUGCCUUACGUCUUGAGAAGAGCCAAGGAGAUUAAAGAGGAGGAUAAAGUUGUUAAGAUCUACAGCCAAGAAUGUCAAUUUGAUGACGACGGCGGCGGCGGAAAUUGGGGAUCCAUAAAUCUGGACCAUCCAGCCACGUUUGAUACCGUGGCCAUGGAGCCCGAGUUGAAGCAAUUCAUAAUCGACGAUUUGGAUAGGUUUGUAAGGAGGAGAGAUUUCUAUAAAAAGGUAGGGAAGGCUUGGAAGAGGGGAUAUUUGUUGUAUGGCCCCCCUGGUACGGGCAAAUCAAGCUUGAUCGCCGCCAUGGCUAACUACCUCAAGUUUGAUAUUUACGAUUUGGAUCUCUCCAACAUUUACAGCAAUGCUGAUUUGAGGAGAGUGAUGUUAGCCACCACAAAUCGCUCGAUUUUGGUGAUUGAGGAUAUAGAUUGCAGCGUGGAUAUACAGAAUC